AUGCACUCGCGUCGGCCCGAGACUUUGAAGAUUGACAUCUCAAAGUAUAGGGGGGUCGAAGAAGACUCCCUCUUGAGAUGGUUCGUCGAAUUGGAUGACGCCAUAAGGGCGCGUCGCAUCGACGACGGGGAUAUGCAAGUUGCAUUUGCCCAGUCAAAUCUGGCAGGACGUGCCAAGACUUGGGCACUGGGGCUCAAGUUGCACGACCCAUAUGCGUUUGGGUCGUUGGAAGUCUUCAAGUCGCGGCUCAGACAAACGUUUGAACCGCCUAGAGCUGAGUUCAGGGCUCGAACCGAACUCUUGAAGCUCAAGCAGGGAAAGCGUGAUGUGCACGCUUACGCUCAACAUAUACGACAUCUCACGAGUUGUAUAAGUUCCAAUCCGGUGGAUGAACACACGUUGGUUUCGGUGUUUAUGCAGGGUCUUGCGGAUGGUCCCGUCAAGACUCACCUGUUCCGGCUUGAACUAGAUUCACUAGAACAAGCCAUUUCCAUUGCGGAGCAGGAAGACUUCAGUCUGAGACAGGAUCGCGCCAGCUCGACAUCAUAUCGUCAACCGAGACGAUAUGACAACGGAGGUCCAGAGCCGAUGGAACUCUGUUAUGUAGAGAGCGAGAAGGCUCGCUCUACAGGCUACAAGAAGUUGCAGAAAUGUAACAGAUGUCAAAAGACAGGACACUACGCUUACGACUGUAGUGCCCCUCGUCCAGUGUCUCGCGACACUGGGCGUAGUGACCAUCCACCCAUGAGAAAGGGGCAGGGACGAGGGUCCGCAGUUGGUGCAAAGACGCAACAACGGGAUGGACCGUCAAAAACCGGACAGGAUCAGUAG